AUGCAUGUUUGGUCCUUUGAAAUAGGUCUUUUGGAGCAUUCUGGAGCAUAUGGGACACAAGGAGCAUGGAGGGACUUGGCACAUGGAAGCAGCUCAACUGGAUACGCAAAGGAAGAAGGGAGAAGCCAUCUUGAAGACCAGCUCGACCGUCCUACUCGACCAACCGGUCGAGUUCCUCAACUCGACCGGCCAAGCUUCAACUCGAUCGAGCUGGAAGUCAAAAGAUCUAAUCCCAUCUUUGUGUUCUUGAAGCUCUUGCUUCUUGAAUCCUAG